AUGAUCCCUAAAGUAUCAUACCCCUUUGGCUCUAUGUUCGCCGUAAAUGACCCCCUCACUGAGACACCAAACCCGUCAUCUAAACUCUUAGGCUACAUGGAGGCAUUCGCGGUCACCACAAACUUUGAUGGCGAAAGAAUGAUUUGCACUUGUAGGACUACUUUGAACCUGAAAGGUUACAAAGGUGAGCUAUUGAAUGUAGGGAGUUGUCACUUUACCCAAGUUACGGAACUUCCUCUUGUUGGAGGUACGGGGGACUUUCGAUUUAUUCAAGGUUACAUGAUUAUUUCUCCAGUUGAUCUUAUGAGUCCUACUACUUGUUACAAGGUUGAAUUUCAACUGUAUUGGCUUCAUGCUGCUCUAGUCCAUUAA